AUGGGUCGAACCAAUGUCAAAAAACCAUUUCCCUCUCGCCAGAACCCAGUCGCAUCGAUUAAGCCAUCUUGCUACCCCCCAGCCAGCUCGCACUCCUCUCAAAAAACUCCGGCAUCUUUGCGGGCCUCUCGUCCAGCACUCACCGGCACCCGAGGCUCAGAGAAUGGAAAUGAAGGUGCUGUUCCACUCAAGAAGAAGAGGACGAAGGCAGAUCUCGAUCGACAACCAGUUUACCACCACAAGAAGCGAGCAAAUAUCGUGAACGAAACCAGUGACGAAGACGAAAACAGUGACACGGAUAAGGAUGAAGACGGAUACAACUCAGACCACGACAUGCACAAGGACAACGAUGACAACGAGGUAGGGCUUGAAAAUGAGGAUGAGGAUGGAGAAGAGGAACAGGACAUGGAUGAGGAACAGGAACAGGACAAGGACAAGGAAGAGGAUGAGGAGGAAGAUCAUAGCCGAGGCCGCAAGCACGGAUUUCUGAGAUCGACGAUCAGUCCAACGCAGUGCCACAGAAACGCUGCCGCACCAAGAAGCUAA